AAGACUGUGUGCACUCUUUUUGAGGUUUUCAUUUGUAGCCUGGUUAACGGAGUUCAUACACGCAAGCCAGAUGUUUACAUGAAGUGUUAGGCGACAAAACGGAACGUUACUUCUAGAAAAGCUUUACCUGUACAUUUUACAAAUCACUCUCGCAUGUUGUGUACUCUAUUCAGCACAAUUCUACGCAACCCUUUUCUGUUCCACAAUUUAUUUUCAAAAUUAUAUGAACAUGCGCAUUAAUGUGAUAUAUUUUGUUACUCAUUUGGUUCACCGAGCUUGGUUGUAAAAUGAUUGGACAUACUAUAAGAGUGCUCCAAAAACGUUCAUCUCUAGUUAGGCCAAUUCGGUUAAUGGUGUCCGAGAGUGCUCACAAGGUGGUCCGACCAAAGGACAUCGAGAACAAGCUUAAAAGCGCACUGUCUACGACCUUUCUGCGUCUCAAGGAUGUCUCGUCGUGUAACUGCGGUCAAAAAUUCGAGGCGGUCAUCGUAUCCCCUAAAUUUGAGGGAAUGUCGUUACAGGCACGGCAGCGUCUCGUGUUUUCAGUUGUCAAGGAGGAGAUGAAAGUGAUUCACUCGUUUACACAGCAAACCCUAACUCCCAACCAGUGGCGGGACAUGCAGCACGACCAAGAGCAACACGACAAUCACUAGCCAAAAAAAUGUUAGCCGAGUUGUAGCGUCUGCAAUGAAUAAUUGCAAAAUACAACGGGGUUUAAAAAAAUAUAGCGAGUUUAUAACGACCUACGGUAAUAUUGUGAUGAAGCAAAUACAGUGUAUUACUUAACUUUAUUUUCCUUAUAUUUUCCAUAAACAAUCUAAGCAGAAGAGUAAUCCCUUAGUUGCUUAUCUGCAAUUAUAAUAUGUAAUAUAAUACAAUAAAUACAAACAUACCUUUAUUGUGUGCUAAGAGUGGCGUUAGAAGCAUUGAAUACAAUCCGAAACGCAUUGUUAGCAAAGCAGUGUUAUAUUAUCAUAUACUUGACCCAAAGACGUUAUUGAUGCUUUUAGUAUGUGUAACGUAAGGAGGUUAUUGCGAAUUAGACGAUGAUUUAAAAAACCCAGUUGACUACUUUGUGCCAUUUUAAAACAGCCUUAUGAGCUUGGCACAUGGUAUCCAGCACAAUAUAUCCAUUUGGCAAGUCUCAUUUGGUAUUGCCUCCAGGAGUAAAUCUGUUCUGUAUCCAGUCAAGCGCUUAAAUUUGAUUUUUUAAAUUAGGUGCUAUAAUAUAUGAGCAAUAGGUAUACGGAAACUACAAGACUGUCGUAAAGAAUAACGUGCAAUUUUACUUCCGUACAAGAAAACGCAGAGUUAUGUUGCUUACGAAUUUUUUUUUAUUCUCACUGCCCCUGUAGGAUGUGUGUCGUCAUUUGAGAGAACUAACUAAAAGACCCAACUUCUCAACGGCUUUUAGCUUUGGGGAUAGCAUCACCAUACUGUAAAACACAUAGGUCGAUAAAACACCGCUAUAGCUUCCCAUAGCACGAGUGUCAAACAUACAGUUAUACUCUAUUGAUAUAUAGUUUGUGCACAGUGCGCAUAAGCACGUAUUCGUAAUAUGCUAAAGAGAAAAGGACCUUCGCACGUGAUUUUUUUACUUUUGAAUACAAAUGUCGGCAUUAUGAUAUCAGCUUUACUUACGGCAUUACAUUUUCCCGUACCCCCCUUGGAGGCGAUGUAAGAAACAUGAGGAUUAGUAAUGACAAUAUCCAAGAAUAACCAUGAACAAAAAAGGAGCUUUAGUUAAAUUAUUAUUCACAUUUUAGGCAUUAAAUCUAUAAACUUGGUAUUGCUAAAUAAGAGAAAAAUAUGCUCCAAGGUCUGUAUAUCUUCUACAAAAUAAUUACGAUUAUUCGAGGAAGUUCGAUUAAUGAAGUUGUAUUUUAAUAAUGAUAAUAAUCUUAAUAAUAACAGUUUGUUACAUCUAUUCUAUUCUUCUAUUAUAGCUAGAAAAAUCACUUCCAUGAGCUAUCUAGGAAGUGGACAGUUUAAAGGCACCCAAAUUAUUAGGCGCAUACGAGUAACCCACUGCCCAGGUUUUCUUUUUUUUUUUGUUGUAUGUUAUGUCAAACUCUUCCGUGAAGGAUAAAAUAAUUUCUUCCUUUUUUGUAUUUAUAUAGGUAUAAGCACUCAGCAUAUCAAUAAUUCCGUAGCAGGCUUCCAUAUGAAUGCUCAUAUUACCUUUCAUUUUGUUCCUUCCAUCUUUCAAUUACCUUUUUAAUCCAUUCAUCCUUUCUACCUUCGCAUCCGCCGUUAUCGUCUAUCUAUUUCCGCUUUUAUAGUAAUGGCGUAUUUCUUCUUUGAUACAGUGAAUUCAGUGGAUUUUUUUACGUAGUGUACUCUCCGAUCUAGUCUAAUCUUGUUUUAUGUAGUGUUAUUCUACAAUUUUAUUUCUAGAAAUGUUGGUAUUCCACUCUUUCCUUUUACAAAAUUUCCCAAGCAAUGUAUAACAAGGACCAUCUUGUUCAUUUUACACUGUCGUUUUCUUCUAGAGUUAGCUACUAUGAGUCUACGGAGCGUUACAACAUGUCGGUUCUAGGACACGAAUAGUUGUCCAAAUAAACUGUUUUACUGCACAUUUAUUGAAUAUUUGUGAUGUUGUUAAUUUUAUGGUAGACUUACCUUUUUCUGUAAUGUACUUUCAUAUUACCGCUUCUGUCCUAUAGGAAUCCUGU